AUGGCGGCUGUUGCUGGAUCCAAUGUCGUUGCCUUUAAAUCCGGCUCGAAAGUCGGAGAUUGCAGUGACCGGAAAAAUGUUCAGUUUCGCCAAUGGUAUCCGAUUUCUGGGGGAAUCGGAUCGGUUCAGACGCGGCCGUGCAAUGGUCUCCAGUGCAGAUCGAGGAGAUCGUUUGCUUCCUCCGGUGUAAGAGCUCAGGUUGCCGCUGUUGAACAAGCUAGCAUUGAAGCAGCUCAAAAAGUAGAAGCUCCCGUAGCCAUAGUAACUGGAGCUUCUAGAGGCAUCGGUAGAGCAGUUGCAUUGGCCUUAGGGAAAGCAGGUUGCAAGGUCCUAGUAAAUUAUGCUAGGUCAUCAAAGGAAGCUGAGGAAGUUUCAAAAGAGAUUGAGUCAUAUGGUGGUCAGGCUCUUACUUUUGGUGGAGAUGUUUCAAAAGAAGCUGAUGUGGAGUCAAUGAUUAAAACUACUGUUGAUGCAUGGGGAACCGUUGAUAUAUUGAUAAACAAUGCAGGAAUUACUCGGGAUACCUUGUUGAUGAGAAUGAAGAAAUCACAAUGGCAGGAGGUUAUUGAUCUGAAUCUUACAGGAGUGUUUCUUUGUACACAGGCUGCAGCCAAAAUCAUGAUGAAGAAGAAAAAGGGAAGAAUAAUUAAUAUAGCAUCAGUUGUUGGUCUGGUUGGCAAUGUUGGGCAAGCCAACUACAGUGCUGCUAAAGCAGGAGUUAUUGGCUUGACAAAGACUGUCGCAAAGGAAUAUGCCAGCAGAAACAUUAAUGUAAAUGCUAUCGCCCCAGGAUUCAUAGCAUCUGAUAUGACUGCCAAGCUUGGCGAAGACAUUGAGAAGAAGAUCUUGGAAACAAUCCCCUUAGGAAGGUAUGGUCAACCAGAAGAAGUUGCUGGACUGGUAGAAUUUUUGGCCCUGAACCCUGCUUCCAGUUACAUCACAGGACAGGUGUUCACCAUCGAUGGGGGAAUGGUCAUGUAAAUUUCCCACUGUCCCUGGUUAAGCUUUCAGCGGGUGCUUCUGCAACUACAGCUGGACUCAAAUUAAUAUAGCUUGUUUAGCGGAUGGUGUUGUUCGACAGAUUUUAGCUUUUGUAUCUACUUAAUAAACAAGAAUUCCCGAAUUUUGGCAGCAUUUAACUUAAGCAUGUUGUAAAACCAAAGGAAGAGCUAUGUAGGCUUUCAUUUGGCUUCGUCUGAAGUGUGGAUUUUGAGCAGUUUGUCAUCCAUGAAGAGUAGUAUUUCAAAUUUUCAAUGGAAGCUGGAGGAAAAUUCUGUUA